AUGCGACAAGCCGCAAUGCCCAUUCGCUCGCCCUUCGAGUCUUCCAUAGCGAAGCCUGGGCAGGGUAACGUCGUGUUAUCUCUUCUUCCUCCGAACAACCCCACCCUCACCACUCUUACCUACAAAUACCCAUUGAAACUGGUUCCUAGGACAGGUGGCUUCGUCCCAUCUCCCGAGUCAUCAUCAUUAUCAGAUUCAUGCCCGUCAAGACCGGUUCACCUUUACUUGCUCACCUAUGGGGGUGGUCUGCUCCCGGGUGAUCACAUCGAGGUGUCCAUCAAGCUAGAGCCUAGGACACGAAUGGUGGUGACCACACCGCAAGGAAGCACGAAAAUCUUUAAAACCGAACCAAACAACAGCGACAACAGCCCGAAUGUGAUCAAGGGCCACCGGAAAGAAAUGCCCGUCAAUCCACACCUUUCAGAUAUGAGUCAGCAAUCAUUGGACGUGAAGAUCGGCCGUCAAUCAGCGCUCUGCUACCUUCCCGAUCCAUCUGUUCCCUUCAAAAACAGCCGAUAUGCUCAGGUACAAACGUUUACCGUAGAUGCGGCUGCUAAGGGGGAUCAACGCAGCAGCCUGUGCGUCCUAGAUUGGGUAACGCAAGGCCGAACCUCACGCGGCGAGAACUGGAAUUUCCGCUUCUGGCGAGGCCGUAAUGAAGUCUGGGCAACAGACGAGAAGACAGGCAAAAGCCGGCUUUUGCUGCGUGAUUCCGUCAUUUUGGACGAUGAAACCGAUGACCUGAACAAUUCAGAUGAGUCUGAUAGGGAAGAUCUGCCCCCACAAGCACCGUCUGGCCUGCUUCCCUUGACCAUUAUUCAACAGCGAACACGCCCACACGGGGUCGUGGGCACAUUGAUACUCUCUGGUCCUGUCUUCGAGAACCUCGGCUCAUACUUGCUCAAUCAAUUCACAUCGCAGCCGCGAAUCGGCAGCCGGAAUUGGUCCUCAUCUGAAACUUCAUCUGCACCUGAAUCUUCAUCUAGCACCAGGGGCGACGUCACCUGGACAGCAGCGCGUGUCAGGGCUGGCUUUGUCCUUGUGAAGUUCGGUGCCAAGGACUUUGAAACUGCCAAGCUCUGGCUUGGUGGACUUCUCCGUGAGGAGGGUACCGUGGCGCGAGAGUUUGGCGAGGAAGCUCUCUUCUGCGUAUGA